AUGUUCUCCAUCCUCUCUAUGGUCCUUUUCUUUGGGUUGUUGACUCCAUCACAAGGGCUACUAGAAACAAUUGGAACAGUUGCACGGAUUGAUAAAGAUGAAUUGGCAUCAGCCAUCCAGAAUUCCCUAGUGGGUGGUCCCAUCCUACAGAAUGUGCUGGGAACUGUCACAUCCUUGAAUCAAGGUCUACUUGGGUCUGGAGGACUGCUUGGAGGAGGGGGCCUGCUCAGUUACGGUGGUUUAUUUGGAGUUGUGAAAGAGGUCUCUGGGUUGAAGAUUGAAGAGAUCACACUCCCCAAAGUAGCUGUGAAGCUACUGCCAGGAUUUGGGGUACAGUUAAAUCUGGUGACCAAAGUUGGCAUCCAUGGAUCAGGCCCCCUGGGGAGCCUGUUGCAAGUGGCAGCUGAAGUUAAUAUGUCAUCCAGAGUGGCCUUGGGGGUAAGUCCCAAGGGCACGCCAAUCCUGAUCGUGAAGAGUUGUAGUACCCUUUUGGGUCACAUCAGCCUGCUAUCUGGGCUGCUGCCAGCCCCACUCUUUGGUGUGGUGGAACAGACACUCUUCAGGGUGCUGCCCAGACUGCUGUGUCCUAUUGUAAACAGUGUCCUUGAGGUGGUGAAUGAACUCCUAGGCUCUGUGCUGUCCCUUGUCCCCCUUGGUGCCCUGGGCACUGUGGAAUUCACAUUGGCUACCCUGCCCCUCAUCUCCAACCAGUAUAUCCAGUUGGACAUCAAUCCUAUAGUAAAGAGUGUGGCUGGUGAUGUGAUUGACUUCCCUGAGCCUCCAAAGCCCAUCAAUGUGCCUCCAAAGGAGGAUCACACCUCCCAGGUGACAGUGCCAUUGUACCUCUUCAACACUGUAUUUGAACUCCUGAAAAGCAAUGGGGCCCUGGACAUUGACAUCACACCUGAACUGGUUCCUAGCAGUGUUCCCAUGACAAGCAUAGCUUUGGCAGAACUGCUUCCUAAGGCCCUGGGAACUCUGCCCCCAGACCAACUUUUGUUGAUCUCAUUGAGGGUGAAGGAAGUACCAACGUUUAUGCUCAAAAGUGGGAAAGCUUCUUUGUCCCUCACUGCAUCUAUGGAAGUGUUUGUUUACCACCCCCAUGGGACAUCUCAAUCCCUAUUUUCACUGAAUUCGGUACUGGCAAUGAGUGCUCAGCUAGCUACCUCAGCAACUAAACUACACUUAUCACUCUCCCUAGAACGACUCACUACCAAAUUGGUUUCUUCCUAUUCUUCUAACUUUGAUGUUUCACCUAUAGAGGAGUGGCUCAGUGAUGUCGUGCGGGCAGCCUACUUGCCAAAACUCAAUGUGGAAUUGGAAGUAGGCAUCCCUCUGCCUAAGAUCCUCAAUGUGAACUAUGCAAAUGCUGCUCUGGAGAUCAUUGAAAAUGCUGUCUUGCUGACUGUGGUUUCACGAGGCUAA